AAAUUAUUAUAUGUGAUAUGAUAUAAAAAUGUCUCUAGAUCGACUAAUUGAAGGUUUUAAAGUUUUUCUAGGUUCGUGACAAAUGUAGUGCAUUUUUUUUGACAAAAGAAAUGAUAUUACCUUCGUCCCAACAAAUAUUCUUUCUAUCCUUAAAUUAUAGAACGGCGUCAAAGUAUCACCUUCAAGGCUUAAACUCAUACAAAAAUACCUUCCCACAUAUAAUUUCCUGAUUGUCAGCUCUAAGCAGCACUGAGCCCCAACUAAUUCCCAUUUCUCAUUCCAAAAUCUAUUUUCAUUCACAAAGUGAUAAGAGGGCCAAUGGGCUCAUCUGUUUUUAUGAUUGACCAGAUCCUUAAGUACGACUCUGAUUAAUGAAACUCUGGUUAGCAGGUUUAUUAAAGAAACUUCUGAGUUGGCGCUUCUUGAAGUUUGAACACAAGCUGUUCGAUGGUAUUCUUAAGAGAGACGAAUAAGGAAAACAUUCACCUUCUGCCCAUCUGAAUCCAUUACAACCUUGUUGCCUCUGGGAUUUUUUUCUCGCUGAUGUUGACAUUUAGAAGGGUCGCCACCUUAAGCUUAUCAAAUUUCCAUCAUGCGAUGCGUAGUGGAUUUUCUUCUAGAGCUUCGUGGACAAAAGAAGAUGAUCCAGAGCAUUUACCAUCGUUUGGUAGUCAAAAGGGAGACUCUUUUGGUAAUUACAGUGACAGGCUUCAGCUUUCGCCCUUGUUCAAAGAGGAUAGUGGACAUGACCUGAAGGAUUUGAAGAUUGAGUUAGUAGACAAUGAUUCAUGGCAAUUUUCUUCUGGUUUAGCUGAGGCUUGGAAAGUUAGUAACACAGAGGUGGAUUUGAGAAGGAAGGCUUUGAAUUGUGAAGAUAAGGGGGAAGGGUACGGUGACAUUGAGGCGGCUAGUUAUGCGCCUCCUGAUAAUGAGACUCCUGAUUUUGACGAGAUUGAGGAUAUGAGGAUUCGGGGUAUUUUGUACUAUAAGCUUGAUAAGGAUUCCAGGGAGUACGAAGAGUGUAAAUUUGAUUUCCAUAGGAAAAAAUCGUCAAAAAACAAGAGUGAUCAGAAGGAAAACUCAAAGAAGAAUGAAAUGAAGAGCCACGGUGUGGCUACUGGAGCUGGGAAAGAGAUGAAGACGAAAGAUGAAUCAAGAGUAAGCAGGCAACAGAAGCUGAAUUCUAACUAUGGCCUCUUGGAGGAAAGAUUUCAUGAGGUUGAUAAUAAUCACAAUUAUUCAAUUCCAGGUUUUCAUGAAAUGGAAGGUUUUACGUUGAAAAAGGUGAGGACUCAUACGUUUAAUCAGCUCACUGCCCCAUAUCAUGAACCAUUUUGCUUGGAUUUAUAUGUGUCAAAAGGUUCUGUGCGUGCCAGCAUUAUUCAUAGAGCCACUAGCAAGGUUGUUGCUGUUGCACAUUCUAUUUCUAAGGACAUGAAGUUUGAUUUAGGUUCGACUAAGAGUAGGAGUACUUGUGUUGCUGUUGGGGAAGUGCUGGCUCAAAGGGCUUUGGAAGAUGAUAUUCAUAAUGUGGUCUACACUCCUAGGAAAGGAGACAAAUUGGAAGGAAAGCUGCAGAUUGUUCUUCAGUCCAUUAUUGAUCAUGGUGUUGCUGUGAAAGUCAAACUUAAGCAAAGGAAAGUGAGGAAAGGCGGUUCCUUCCCACCUAAAUCAUAGUUAGAAUGAGACUGCAGACCUGCUUUAGUCAUUGGCAGUUGCUAGCUGCAUUGCAAGCAACUCUUCCUCAGGUAUAGUCCGAAUUUUGCAAUCUGAUCUAGGAUAAGCUGCACAGAGUAAAGCAAAUCCCCGCUCCACAACAUCAUCACUGAGCAUCCCUUCACUCUGAUCAACUUGUCCACUGAGGAGCUGAGCAGGGCAAGUCAUGCACACUCCAAGCUUACAGUCAUGAGGCACAGACAUUCCGGAGUCCAGUGCCUUGGAUAGAAUUGUCUCAUCAGGUUCAACCUCUAGCUCAGUUAUCUU